UUUGUCGAUAGUCGAUAAAAUAAAUCGUACGUCGUACCCGUACGUCACUAACGCAAAGUACAUUAUUCUGGGACUGUCGAAAAAUAGUGGUUUUUAUAGAAAUUACGCUUUAAAAAUGCUUUCACGCUUAGCUUUGCGUUCAGUAGCGGCCCGUCAGUCCCCAUCCACAGCCCUCAUUGCACGUACCUCUGCCUCAUCUACAGAGGUCAGUGGCGUGCGCGAUGAGAAAAACUUCCCAAGACCAGUGAGAGGAGAACCCGGUAAAGUCAGACUUGGCUUCUUCCCUGAAGAAUGGUUCCAAUUCUUCCAUUCCAAGACGGGAGUGACGGGUCCGUACACAUUCGGUGUCGGUCUUGCUACGUACCUGUUCAGCAAGGAGAUAUACGUCAUGGAGCAUGAGUACUACACUGGUCUCUCAAUCUUCAUAAUGGUCUACUAUGCCAGCACUAGAUUCGGACCUAAACUCGCUGAAUUCCUUGACAAGGAAGUCGAGAAAGUAGAAAGCAGCUGGAACUCUGGUCGUUUAGAAACCAUCAAGUCCCUCGAAGAUGCCAUCGCUGCUGAGAAAGAUUCGCAGUGGAGGGCUCAGGGACAGGAACUACUCAUCGAGGCCAAGAAGGAGAAUGUUCUGUUGCAACUCGAGGCUGCUUACAGAGAAAGAAUGAUGAGUGCUUACCAAGAGGUCAAACGCCGUCUGGACUACCAGCUCGAAAAGAGCGUUUUAGAACGUCGCAUUGCCCAGAAGAACAUGGUCGACUGGAUAGUAGCCAACGUUACGAAGGCCAUCACUCCCGACCAGGAGAAACAGGCUCUGGACCGCUGCAUCGCAGACCUAGCGGCCCUCGCCAAGAACUAGACCUUAGCUAUUUAUCUGUAUAUUGUUAAUAAAGUGAAAUCGAACAUACUAUAGUAUA